AAAUAAUAUAAGACCGAGAACUGUUGUGUUGUUGUGUCUCGUCAUAGUUGUUACUAAGAUCACAAACCUGCUGGAGGAAUAAGAAACUGCAUACAGCUCAGUAUAUUAAUAGAAAGACUUGCCGUCCUUGAUUGUGUAAAGAAUAAAUAUACAAAAACUUUAUCAAAAUGUUGCCGAGAGCAUCUGUUUUCAGGUGUAUCAAUGGUGUGUUGGCUCCAGGGUCUCUUAGAAUGUCCUCAUCCACACCAUCUAGUGGCGGUGAUGCCUCAGGUGGAAAUGAACCCAAGAAAGCUAAGACACCCAUUGGUAAACUAGACGGUCAAGAGAUAGAGGAGGGACAUCACCCAUACCAGGAGAAGGAGCCUCUACAACCAUUUCCAGACAAUGUUAACCCUGCUACUGGUGAAGUUGGGGGACCUAAAGGGCCUGAACCAACACGCUAUGGAGACUGGGAGCGCAAGGGCCGCGUUUCAGACUUCUAAUUUGUUUAUUUUUUCUUUAAUUCACAGUGAUGCUGUGAGGAUAACUGCAUCCUCCAGUGUAGUGAGGAGGUCUUGGUCUUCUCUCCAGUAAAAUUGAAGGAAAGUGUCAUUUCCACAUAAUGUGGUUGAGGAACUGAUUAAGACAUUAGCAUUUUUAAGAGCAGUAUACAGGUUCAUGCCCAGAAUCUGGAAACUUUGGGACUGAAACCAAACCAGAUCUGGGGAUUUUACAGAUUUGGGGACUCAUAAUCUGUUACACCUCUAGACCUUUCUGCUUCCAAAUACCCUAUAGACAAACAUAUUACUGUGUACUCUAUACAGAAACUUAAUACUGGUACCGUGUCUCUCUCAUUAGUUUAUACAGUACAGCCAGCCAGAAGAGUAAUCACAGUCAACAAUGAUUUUCAUUUGUUCGUGGAAGAUUGUUGGUUGCUGUACUUCACAUUCCACCAAUACUCUGUCAGUAUCAUCACUCUGACAGUUAUGUAAUGUCUUACAUUUACCAGUAAACAUUUCUUUUUGGACAUCUCUUGUCAAGAGAGAAUUUCAUUACAUGUUCUUUCUGUUCCUUUAAGACAAAUCAUAGAUUAUGGAAGGCACUGACCUCAUAAUGUAGUCUUCAAGUUUUUUAACAAAUUUCUUUUUUUUUUAUGGAAAAAGAAUUGUGUUUCCUCUUAGCACUGUUACUCAUAGGACCAGAGCAUUUCCACAUAAUGGCAAAGAGAAAAUGCAACAUAAUCAUGAAAGACAGAGAUACUAUCCAGUUUUUUAUUAUUAUGUAAACUUGAAUAGGGAUUCUGGUCAGUAAACCUGUAUAUGGCAUGGUAGACCACUCCACAGUCGGGGGACAUGCUGUAUGUUUGUAACCUGCCACUAUGUUGUGUUUUCCACAUGUGAAAUUGCUCAGAUAUGCUCAGGUAAACUAAUUACUGUAUUUAAUAUUUAUCUUUAGUAACUAAAAAGACAUUGUAAAUUAUGUACAGUAUAUACAAUACAAUUAUAAGUGCUGAUUCAAAAUUU